AUGGAGGGGACCAGGACGGCCUAUGUAAGAUGCGACAGGACACUGAAAUACCUUGGUGUGGUGCUCGAUCCUCGGCUGAGCUGGAUCCCACACCUGGAGUAUCUAAGAACAGAUAUCAUCACGUUCUAUGACAGACUAAAACAGUUCAGUAGAGCCACAUGGGGACUUAGUCCGAAUAUCUUGAAAUUGAUAUACCUGCAGGCUAUUGAAAAGAAAAUCAUUUAUGGUGCCUCCGUGUGGUAUAAGAAUAAAGUUAAAAUAAACCAGAAGCUCCUAACUAUCCAAAGAAUUCCAUUGCUCAACAUCACUAAAUGCUACUCUACAACUAGCACGGAGGCACUACAAAUACUUGCAGGAGUCAUACCUAUUGACUUAAAAAUUAGAGCAACUAUUUCGAUUAAACGACAUACCUGGUCACCAGAGGAAUUUAACGACAGCGAUUAUCAAACAGAUGAACUUAAAAAUUAUAUCCCUUACUCAGUCCCUGUGUAUGACCCUACGAAGUUAAAGAUCGUUAGUAGGGGUUUCGGCUCACCGAGGGGCGUUGGCUACGAGUUCUACACUGAUGGCAGUAAGAAACAGGUGACCAAUGAAAGCACAGGCGCUAAUGAAGAUCGGGUGGGUUGUGGUUUCUUGGUGAAACUGGAUAACCAUACUAUUUACGAACAGACCGCACGUUUAAAUAAUGAGUGUAGUAUCUACUCCGCCGAACUUACGGCAAUCAAAUUGGCUACCCUUUGGGCAAACAAUAACAAUAUUGAACAAUACACCAUCUUUUCUGACUCAAAGUCCUCGUUGCAGGCCCUUGAAAACCCAACCCCAACAGACCCUCUUGUAGAAGAAAUUAAGGCAAUUGUUCAAAACAAACAAUGCUUAUUCAAUUGGAUUAAAGCCCACUCGGGGGAGCCUGGCAACGAGGAAGCAGAUAUUUUAGCCAAAAAGGGCACCUUAUUGGACGGGGUGGACUUUCACUACACCAUAACAAAACCCCAGGUCAAACAUAGACAGAGGCAGGUCAGUAGGAUUUUAUGGCAGGACAGGUGGAGCAGCUCUGCAAACGGGAGACACACACACUAUUUGAUACCUACAGUUAACGAAUGUUUUUUAUCCAGCGAUUUUUACUUUAAUCAGUUCUUAACUUCCCAUGGUGUAUUUGGCGAUCACCAAGCUAGGAUGUUUCAAAAAUCCUCCGCGUGCAAAUAUUGCGGUCACUAUCAGACUAUUAAACAUCUGAUGCUUGACUGUCAAAAAUUUGCAACCAUUAGGGGAAAUAGUUUUGACAGAAGAGGCGACAUAAGAUCUUGGUGCAGGACUAAUAAACAGAGGCAAAUUAUUAAAAACAUCAUUAAACGCACCCUGGAGGACGCACUCGCCCCUGAUGACAUUUUGGAUCCGCUCUACACGAACUAA